UUUUAGUUGAAACAUGAAGAACAUAUUAUAUUCAAUAUAUUUAAUAAAUAGGGGCUCAGCAUAUCUUAUUGAUGAAUGGCCCAUGAGAGGUGGAACACAGGAUAGCUGGUGAAAUGGCAAGCUGGUUGCAAGCUAGACCUGAGCUUAGCUGUCAUAAGGAUGAGCUCAAGCAGUUGAGUUCAUUCAAGGUGGUUGGCCUUGGAAAGGGCGAUCAUGAAGAUGAGCUCAAGCAGUUGAGUUUAUCUGAGGUUGUUUACCUCAUCCAAAUGGGCUGUCAUGAAGAUGAGCUCAAGCAGUUGAGUUCAUCCGAGGCAGUUGAGUUCAUCCGAGGUUGCUUACACCAUCCAAGGGAGUUCACCUUGGAAUGGGUUGUCAUAAGGAUGAGCUCAGUUCACCUCGGACUAGGCUGUCACGAGGAUGAGCUCAAGCAUAGGCUGAGUUCAUUCGAGGUUGUUUACCUCAUCCGAGGUAGUUCACUUCGGAAUGGAGAAGGACAAAAACCCGACACGGACUCUUCAGGACGAAUGCAGGAGAAGUGUCGGCACCUUGUUGAGGGUGUUGACACCUUGCAGCUCGUGCUGCAUAUCUUUCAAUUCAUGCUCGUCCUCUGCACCUCGUGUUCAAGUUCUGCACUUCAUGCUCGGCCUUUGCAGCUCGUGGCUGACCUUGGCACUCCAAAGAUCUUGCCCGAGUUCUGCAUCGUGCUUGUGAGCUCGGCAACUCGUGCUUUUGAACUCAGCAGCUCGCAGCUCAUGUUCUUGCAGUUCGCUUCUCAUGCUCCUGCAAUUCCCAGCUCGUGUUGCAGCAGGGACUUUACAGCUCGUUAUUGUCAAAUUUCCACGGGAUAAUAACUCCAAAUGGCUUGCUCGUUACAGCUCGUUAUUCACAACUUUAUUGGCAAAUUUUUCAAGCCUCCAACUGGUUCGGUGAUGCUACGUGGGCAGUUGAAUGCCUCUGCUCUCAACUGAGCAUGAGAUGAGACUACUGGCUUCUCAGAGCAGCAUGUGUGUUCCCAGUAGUGGUUGAACUGUCAUCUUGAAGGGUGGUGUCCAGUACCUCCAGAGCUUCCAUCUCUAACACUACCAUCAGCAUUUUCUGUCAUUGGAACCAUAGUCUUUUGCUCCCUAACAGCUGAUUGGAUUCUUACUUAAGUGACUUUAGGCUACGAAAGAAAGGAUGACAAUAUUG